AUGGAUAGGACCCCUGGUUUUGUAAACCUACUGAAUAGCCAAACCUCAUAUGACCUUAAUUCACCCGAACCUGCUUGGUUCAGUAGCCAAUGUCCAGAUGAGUCUGCCGCCAAGGAGAUGAGGAAAUGUUCUCCAAAAGAGGAUAAAAUCGUUAUUGGUGCUUGGCUUAACACCAGUAAAGACCAUGUGGUCAGCAACGAGCAGAAAGCUGGUGCUUUCUGGAAGAGGAUUCAAGACUACUACAACUCAAGCCCUCACCUGGUUGGGACAACACCUAGAGAGCUUGUUCAGUGCAAGCAAAUGUGGUCUAGGAUUAACGAUCAAGUCUUCAAGUUUGUUAGAUGCUUUGAAGCGGCUCUGAGGGAGCAGAGAAGUGGUCAAAAUGAUGAUGAUGUGAUGAAAGCUGCCCUAGAUAUCUUCUACAACGACUACUCCAUCAAGUUCAACCUGGAACAUGCCUGA